AUGGCGGCGACAUCAGCUCGGGUGGAGAUAGAGAAGAUGAGCAUAGAGCAAGUGAGAGGGGUAAAAGAGCAAGCCGAUCUAGAGGUUAAUGUGUUUCAGGACAGCCUCAACAACAUCCGCACCGCCACCGCGCGCCUUGAACUCGCCUCCCCCGCCCUUCACGACCUCUCCCUCCGCCCCCACGGGAAGAAAAUGUUGAUGCCGUUAACGGCGUCGCUUUACGUGCCGGGAUUGCUGGACGAUGCGGAGAAGGUGUUGGUGGAUGUUGGCACUGGCUAUUUUAUUGAGGCGGGAAAGGCACAUUCCGCCUAUCCGCACUAA